GCCGAGCUAAUUUAUGUCUAUCGACAUAAAAGGAACGAUUUCGUUGAUACCAUAAAUAGGAUGGCGAGGGUGACAUCGACAGUGAGUGAGGCUGUGGGGAGUGAGGAUAGAUCGAUUAAUGCCAAUACGAUUGAUGCAGAGGUUAAGUUCGUUAAACUCUGGGCCGCUGACUCGCGAUUUCACAAAGAGAAGGAUGUACGCAGGGUAGUGAUUGCUGACGAGGUGGCGUUGGAGGAUGAGAAGGACGAGAUGACUGAGGAGGAGAAAGAGUAUAUGAGAAUGAAGGACGCUGAGGUUGCAAGGACGAAGGCAUCUCUUGGAUCGUCGAAGAAGAAAACCUUCUUGGACAUGUGUAGGAAUGCAUUCAUUCCCCUUGCCUUGCCCAGGUGGGUCGAGACGAUGUCCACGGCCUUCUCUGACAAGAUUUGGUCCCUCGAGACCUUCAAUUAUCUUGGCCCGGUCGAUUAGAGGGGUUACAGAUUACUCGCGUCGUUGACACAGGACGAAAUAAAGUCCGCGUAUGAUAGAGCGCUUGAAAUGAACACAGCCCCUUUUG